AUGCUCGUGGCGCGCCCGCCCUUGCAGCCCUUGCCAAUGUCAACUAUACAGAGGCCGACGCGAAGAUUAAGCACAAGAAUCCAAGAGAAGGAAGACGCGCCGCUGCGUCCCAGUCAGGCACAACAAAUCAAUGGAAAUGCGAAGCCUGUCGCCGCUUCUUCGUAUCCCGCUGCCGCGCAGAACGUGAAAGCAAAUGCAAGGAAAAGGAAAAUGAAUUACGACGAGGAGGAUGAUGGCUUCAUAUUCAAACGCGUCAAGAAGAAGGAACCAGAAGCCAAGCCGGCAGAGGAAGGGAAAGCCACUGCUCCUGCUGAAGAUGACGCGUCGAAGUCGCAACAACCGCCCGCGGACAAGUCAGACGUGCCCAACAAUGACGACACGGCACCCAAGCCGAAAGCGAGGCGGAAGAGAAUGUCAUUUUCCACACCGAAGCCGAAAGAAGAUCCGCCUCCUCGUCGGUCGAAGCGUCUGUCUAAGGACAAUGACCACGCAGAUGCGAGUCCUGCGAAGAGACCCGAAUCCCCUAAUAGGGGAAUCCGCAGAGAACCCCCAAAGAAGCAACCAGAACAAAAGUCGGGAAUAGUCGCAGAUCAGGCGCCUAGGAAACGGCAAAAGGAGCAAAGGGAUGGGGAUCCAAAUGGCCAAUGUCCCGAAGGUGCCCGAGAUGGUCAUCAGGCAGAGACCGUCCCUACGGUACAAGAGAAUAGCUCCGCGACGAGAAUUGCCUUACCGUUGGCGGACACCCCUGUGAUCAGGCGCAACAAAGCCAUGCGCGAGGGUAAGUCGGCCAAGGGUGAAAGAAGAAGUAGUCUGGGCAACCGGGGACGACGGGCAAGCUCGCUCAUCGAGUCCGGGACUUCCAAUGCAUUACCUCACUCGGAGGUUGACGUUGUGGACUACUACAAACAUAUUGAAAGUGAAGGCCUCCCGGAACCCAGGCGGAUGCGGCAACUACUUACCUGGUGUGCGGAACGCGCAUUGGACGAGAAGCCUAUAGGUACAGAAUUUGAGGACUCAAGUGCCCGACAAGCAGCUCGAGUAAUCGAGGAGGAACUGCUGAAAGAGCUGUCGAGCAAGUCGGAACUUUCAGACUGGUUCGCUCGAGAGGACGUCCCGGUACGGAAAACACCACUUCCCGAACGGCCAAACCCCAAGAAUGUGCAGAAUCUCGAGAAGCUUGCGGAGCUGGAAGAACAGAUAAAACGGCUUCGGAUCGAAAAGGAAGCGUUAGAAUCGUUCUUGCAACCCCCCAGCCUUCCGACAUUAUGUCAAGGCAAUACAACGACAGAGCCUUGGGAAAUGGAGCGAUCACUGCUCUCCGAAACCGAAGCAGCUGCUCUUGACUCGAUAAAUCCUCCCAGCAAUCCGACUUCAGCAGACCAAAUCUCCCAGCGAGUCAAUGAAAUAUUGGAAUCUAUAGGGCCGACAAUCGACCGAUUUGCAGACGGUGUCCACCGGCUAGGCCAAUAUCAGACCGCAGCCGAAAAUGUAGCAGGCAGGACAUUGGCCCUCUGCGCCGAGAAACUUGCAGAACGAGAGAAGCAAGGGAGAAAGAGAGCACUGGCAAGGGCAGACCAGACGCAACCAGACACGCCACCAAACGAUAUAGCCAGCGUGCUGCGAAGUUUGAGUCGAGCAGACCGAUGA